CAGGACUAGUCUUACAACAUCCUUGUGUCGCUGUCAAAAUAAUUGUCACUUUUCCUCUUCCAAUUUUUAUAUAUUUUUCUUACUGCAAUUUAACUGGUCACAGUCCAUAACUCAGCCAGCCUGCACACGUUUUCCUGCAAAAGUCUUUGUUCCAUUCUUCUGCUUUUCUUUACCCUUGCACCACGUUUCUUGCAAAAGUCUGAGUGAGACAACCGCCAAUCCUGUACCAAGUCAAGUCAACUUACUCAAACAUAACUUCUGGUACACAGAUCAUUUAAAAGAGCUAAUCUUACACACAUGGUCGUCCAGGCUCCAACCGAAGCAGCAAGCACUCCCAAGUUCUUGUAGUCCUCCACUUCCUAUAAACUCUAGAUAUCAUGUUCUCAAUCUUAUCUCCACUCUGUAUUUUGCUAAUCCUUCCCCUCUUCAUCACCACACCAAUAGCAGCAGCACAAGCAAACAUAACUGAGAUCGACCGCCAGGCCCUCCUUUGCUUCAAGUCCGGCAUCAACUCUUAUGCCCAUGGCACACUAGACCCGUGGAGCAAUGGCUCACUAAACUUUUGCAGCUGGACAGGGGUCAACUGCAGCACAACGUUUCCACCCCAGGUGGUCUCUCUUAACCUCACCUCUGUACAACUCAGUGGGCAAUUAUCUGGAUGCCUAGGCAACUUGGCUCAUCUAUCGUGGAUGAACCUUGCCGAUAAUCAUCUGUCGGGAACCAUCCCUGAAGAGUUGGGUAAGCUUCCAAACCUCCAUACACUGAAUCUUGCCGGCAACAGUCUUCAAGGUAACAUCCCUCUUUCCUUAGGCGCUACCAGUUCUCUUAGCUAUGUCAAUCUUGCAAACAACACGCUUACCGGCGGUAUCCCUCUCUCAUUGGCCAGUAGCUCCUCACUUAGCACACUUAUACUGUCACGUAAUAGCCUCUCUGGAGAGAUCCCUUCUACUUUGUUUGAUAACUCGUCUGAGCUUACUAUGAUUGAUCUCCAGAUGAAUUCUUUCACUGGUGCCAUCCCACCUUUCCAUGAAGCUACAGCUCUCAGAUUUCUUUGCCUGACAGGAAACUUCCUCUCUGGAAGCAUACCUCCUUCAAUAGGAAAUAUUUCUUCCCUCACUUCUAUAUUGCUCGGCCAAAAUAGGUUAUCAGGAUUAAUUCCAGACACUUUGAGUCACAUUACAAAAUUGCUUGAGCUUGAUCUAAGUUUCAACAGCUUAUCAGGGAGUGUCCCGUUGUCUCUUUACAACAUGACAUCACUCAGGUACUUUAGGAUAGGCACCAAUGCCCUUGUUGGACAGAUACCAUCUCACAUUGGUUACUCACUACUAAACCUCCAUUCCCUAAUCCUGGGAAGCAACAGGCUGGAGGGUCUGAUCCCUGCUUCACUAGCCAACAUGUUCAAUCUUCAAAUACUUGAUCUUUCAAACAACUCCUUACAUGGCUCUGUGCCAUCUCUUGGUUCAUUGACAAACUUGCGUCAGUUAGAUUUAGGGAGGAACUUGCUAGAAGCACAUGACUGGUCAUUUCUUACAUCUCUGGCAAGUUGCACCCAGCUGACAAAAUUGUCCUUGGAAGGGAAUGCUCUGAAUGGCAGCUUACCUAUAGCAGUUGUUAAUCUUUCCCCAACACUAGAAGAUUUAUCGCUUGCAUCAAACCAAAUUUCAGGCUCCAUACCUGUUGAGAUUAACAAUCUUGUUAAUCUGACUUCACUUAGGAUGGAAAGCAAUUUUCUUUCGGGAAACAUACCUUCUACCAUUGGGAAGCUGCAAUACCUAUAUAUCCUAAGUCUAUCAAACAACAAAUUAUCAGGUCUUAUCCCUCUCUCGGUUGGUGACAUUACUCAACUAGGCAAGCUUUAUCUUAGUGAUAACAAGUUGACAGGUAACAUACCUGGUAGUUUAGGUCAGUGCAAGGGACUUCUUGAACUCAACUUGUCUCGAAACAACCUCAAUGGGUCAAUACCAGUCAAACUCUUUGCUAACCCUCCAUUUUCCUUGGGUCUGGACUUCUCACACAACAAUCUCACCGGGGAACUACCAUCGGAACUUGGUACACAUGGUGUUGGUGAUGGUCCAACAUCCCUUCAUAUGGAAGUAAACAAGUUUCAUGGGCAAAUUCCAGCAAGAUGGCAGUUAGCAUCAACCCUGCAGAUUAAUCUUUCUCACAAUGACUUAUCUGGUGCUGUGCCUGAAUUAUUUGGGUACCUUCCUAAGUUGGAGCAACUCGAUCUAUCUUACAACAACUUGGAAGGGGCUAUUCCUACAAGUGGGAUCUUUGAGAAUUCUACCGCAGUAGUUUUGGAUGGAAACAAGGGACUCUGUUCGAAUUCCUCGAGGCUAGCAUUACCAAUUUGUCCUGGCAUCUCAUCUUCAGCAACUAAAACAAAGCACCAUAUGUCCUUGCUGGCAACCUCGCUGCUAAUUGUACUACCACCACUUACUAUUGCUUCCCUAUUCUUGCUAUGGUUUCUGCCCGCUCUUUGGAAGAGAGCGGUGUUCUUAUUUUUCCAAUUGGCGGUUGUGUCCAAGAAGAUGUUUCAUUUUGUUACCCAUCACAAGAGAAGAGAAGUGCAUACAGUUCCGCGCAACGAUGAGAAGAAGCUAAAGAGGGUGUCAUAUCAAGACAUUCUUAAAGCUACCAACUGGUUUUCUUCGCUUCAUACUAUCAGCUCAACCUCUACUGGGUCAGUUUAUGUUGGUAGGUUCAAGUUCGACAGGAGAUUGGUUGCCAUCAAAGUAUUCAACUUGAGUGAACCUACCGGAAGUGAUAGUUACUUUAUUGAGUGUGAAGUGCUACGAAACACCCGCCAUAGAAAUAUAAUGUGUCCUGUGACCGUAUGCUCGACACUUGAUUCACAAAAUCAUGAGUUCAAAGCGCUGAUAUUCAAGUUCAUGGUUAAUGGCAGCCUUGACAGAUGGUUACACUCUGAGCAACACAAUGGAAUCCCAGGCAGAGUGCUAAACUUUGGCCAGAGGAUUUGCAUAGCGGCGGAUGUGGCUUCUGCUCUUGAUUAUGUCCACAACCAACUGACGCCUCCUUUGAUCCAUUGUGAUUUGAAGCCAGAGAAUAUCCUUUUGGACGAUGACAUGACCGCGCGGCUCAGUGAUUUCGGCUCAGCAAAGUUUUUGUCGCUGGAUAUGUUUAUUCCUGAAAGCCUGGAUGAUGUUGGAGGAACAGUUGGAUACAUGGCACCCGAGUACGGGAUGGGCUACGAGAUCUCCGUAGGAGCUGAUGCAUAUAGUUUUGGAGUGCUUCUGCUGGAGUUGCUUACCGGAAAACGACCAACUGAUGAUAUGUUUGUUGAUGGACUUACCCUUCCCAUUUUCUCUGAAUCCAUGUUCCCUGAAAGAGUCGCGGAGAUUCUAGAUCCUCGAAUGGGACAUGAGGAGCAUCAAGGGUGUGCAGAAGUAUGGACGCAGAGAUAUAUUGUCCCCCUGAUUGCUCUUGGGUUGUCAUGUACCGUGGAAUCUCCGAAGGACAGACCUGGAAUGAAAGAUGUUUGUGCAAAACUUUCUGCUAUCAGAGACGCUUUUCUGGAACACCGUGAUGACGAUUGAUGGAUAUUUGUGCUCUGUUAGAGCACGCUGAUUCUUUAUUAUUAAGAAUGUAGUAACAAGUAAAGUUCAUUCUUCAUAGUACCCUGUCUAUUUGACAAACUGGAAGAAACUUUGAGGCUUGAGCACAAAGAUAUGAUUUGCAGUGGCAAUAAUUGGCUACAAAAAGAAUCAACUGUUCUUUGUUGUAUAUUUGUUGAAUUAUUUUUAUUUUGACCUUGAGCUGUGUGUAUGGCGAAAUUCUUGUACUAGUUAAUUUUGUAAAGGGCACUAUAUAUAUGAAUGUGUUUUCCUCCC